AUGAGAUCCGAGGAAAAAAAAAACUUGAGUGAUCGCGUCGAUCGAGAACGGGGAAAGUUGCCGUUGGGCCGAAAUGAGCCCCGUAAGGAGAGGCCGGAAACAGGCACAACUCGCUUUGACGCGAGUCCGGAAAGACCGUGGAGCAGCAAAUCACAACGAGAUAUACCGAGCAUAUCUUGUUUCAAGAGAGGAGCGGCACAGCAUGCAGCGAUGCUCAAUGGAUCUAGGAAGUCGCGCAGUGAUAAGUUCGAAUCUCGGUUCACUUUUGCGCACAGCGAUCCCAAAUACUAUAGUGAAUUGCCCGCCCAGCCUGCCACAGGAUGGUGGAAAGCGCUUAUAGCCUGCCGACGUCAAUCUCCAGCAUUUUUAGACCGGUUAUGCAAAAAUCUUGACGUAUUGCUUCCCGACACACUGUACUCAACGUCUACAGAGUGUUAUUAUAUAACAAACAAUCCCCAAGCCCUCAAAUCGGACAACUCUUUCUCCCAGCAGCUAUCACUUCCCGAAGCAGCCUGUAAUGGGUGGAUAAUAAAAGAAGACUUCUCUGCUUCUAAGCUCUUCGAGAAGAAUGCGGCACUGUAUUUGGCCUCCGCUGGGUUCCCUGGUGGCAAAAUGCGGCUGCGGUCUAGUCCCAAACUGCAACGCAUUGACCAGAGGCGCACUAUCGAAACUGUCAUGGCCGCACCGGCGGCUCUAGUUAAGCAGCCUCACUACGCAGCAGCAAACAAAAAUAUCACGAAAGCACUCGAUCUUCCCAGCACAAGUUCUCUUCUAGCAGACUCCUCAUCGGAGCGUCUAGUGCAAGAUCGUGCGUGGUUCCUGAAGGUCUUUGUUCAUGGAAAGAAACAUUCGCGAUGCCAGUUGACGAGGGCAGCUUGGCGCGCAGGCAGCAUGCCUGUCGGUUUCACUUUGGUCAACAAGCUGACUCCGGAAGAGGGUCGGGCCGCCAACUUAGACAUCACUGGACAGUUCUGUGUCAGCUGCGAUAAUGCAUUUCCUGUUCGAAGGCCACGGGAUGCCGACUAUUACUAUAAUGAGGAAGACACAAAUGCUGAUCCAUCAAAACAAGCGGUCGGUGGCCCCAACAGCACAUUUGACGUAUUUACCUUAUCUGGGGCAAGCCUUGCUGAAGCAUCUGAGAUUGCCCGGAAACUAACGCUACUGACUCAGACGCUCUUCAAGGUGUGGUUGGAAGCAUUAGUUGUGGACCUCAUCAAGGCAUGGAACGGCAAAAUGUACUUCUUGCAGGUGAAAUCCUUCACAUUGAGACAGUCUGGCCCUCGCGUAGAUUCUGCGCUGAAGUUGGACGCCACCAAGAGGGAUGAUGAUGAUGAACCCGAUGAUGGGGCCUUGAAAGCUAGUGCUGCUUUGCUCCGGAGGCAGCAAGCUUCCCUAGCGCAGCCAUCCGUCUGCGCAAUGUGUGGACUAAGCCGGAGCAAAAAGUCGCUUAACCGCAUGCUAAAUCACCGAAUGAUGCUGGAAGCUCAGCACCACAUGCGCAAGAGGGGAGUUGAAGUACUGUUUUUCCACCAGGCUAGAAAACAGCAGCUCUCAGCCGAGUCUCCCGUUUGCGGCACUUGCUACUCACUGUACUUAGCCGAAAAAGAGCUAAUCCAGCUCGAAGCAGAACUGGCAAGGGAGACUGGCCAGCAAAUCAGUGCAGAUGCUGGGAAGCUCUGUUUUGUGACCGGCAUUCUCGACGCAGUUCAGGGGAGCUUCUUAAUGAAAGACCCCAUUCUGCUAGAACUGCUUCAAGCCUUUGACAACUCCUGUCAGAACACGGAGGGAGCUGCCACAGGGGGUGGGCAAGUUGAUGAGCUCACUGAAGACGCGCCAGACUGCUCAAAUGAGGACAAUAUCCUUGUAACUCUACAGAAACACAGAAGCGGCGCUGAGAAUGAUGCCCUUCAGCAACGACAAGAUUCUGAUGUUCCGUUAACCAAAGAUGCCCAAGGGGGGCUAAUUAUGUUCCGUGGAGGCGAAGCUAUCCAGACAGCGCCGCCUCCUCAACCCUACGACAUUUCGCUCCCGGCAGCAUUACAUCAAUGGCGUCUCAUGCUGUUCCUAGAUUCGCUUCAGGACCCCCCCCCAUCGCAUGGCUCAGGAAAGCAGAAGAACUACUUGUUGCAGCUGGGGCUCUUUGGAAGCACAUCGCCCGUGCACCUGCCUGGCCCAGAUGAUAAGGGAGUCGUGCGGAUCCGUCGAAUGCUGAUAUUUUACCUUUUUUCCAGAACUCCGAUAGUAACGGAGGCAUUCAAGGAAGAAUUGCACUUUUCUUUGCGUUCUGGCUCUAGCGCUAACCCCAUGAGUCAUCCCCCAAAGGCCACGGAAGCCAGGGCGAAGUCAGCUGGAGCCCAGCGGCCAUCUGUGUCCCAAAUGACAACGAAAAGCAGAUGGUUAUGUGGUGAUGCUUCGGAAUCUUACGAACAGCUCGCCGCUGUGGGCAGUUGCUCUCUGGGUCGGCUUGCGGGGAAAAGGAGUGUCAAGAAUCAGACUUGUGUUCUGCUUUUCGACGGGAGCACCGGCAAGUGCAGACUCGGCAUUACAUUGGGCCUGCACAGGGAUAUGCAGGUCCCGACUCAGUAUGUCUCUGUAAUUCCAUUUCGUGAUGCAUUCCUAUCCCGAACUCCGUACUGUUGUUCCUGCCCCCUCCCAACAGAGUGGCUAGACUGCUUCAUGGCAGCAUCAGAAUCGUGA